AUGGCAUUAUAUUACAAUUUAGUAUUCGGAUUAUUGGUGGUUGAGGUUGCAUUCUUCACGGUCUUGUCACUCCCAUACCCAAGAAAGAUUAGAAGAACCGUUUUGACCACGGUUUCUGCUCCCUUCAGAAACGAAAAGUUCCAAAUUGCUUUGAAGUGUAUUUUAGGCUUUGUGUUGGUACUCUUUAUCGAUUCGGUUAACAGAGUGGCCUCUGUCAGUAACGAGUUACAAGGCUCGGCUAUUCGUGGAAGUGCCAUUGUGAAUGACCGGUCUGAAAUUCAGGCUAGAAGAUUCUAUGCCCAAAGAAACAUGUACUUGUGUGGAUUCACUUUAUUCUUAACGUUGAUUUUGUUGAGAACUUACAGCUUGGUGACGGAAUUGUUGGUAACAAAGGACAAGGUUGAUGCUCUCACUGGUGAAAGUGAGCUUGGUGAAACUGAAACCAAAGAUUCUCCCUCAAUUGUGAAGUUGAAGGAAGAAUUGGCUGCAAAGGACAAGGAAUUGGAAUCCUUGAAAGAAAAGGCCAAAGCUUUGGCUAAUGAUUACGAAGGAGACGAGGACAUCAAAACCAAACCUGCUACGGAUGACCUGGACUCCAAGUUGAGAGCUAGAAAAGUCUGA